AUGGUGAACACGGUGAACGUAAUUUGGUCACUGGUUAGUUGGGUAGUGAAAAUGGCUGGUUUAAUGCUCUACACAGUAGAGAUAGAACCAGGCACAGUAAUGAGAUUCUGGGUUCCUUCUAACGCCAUUUCAAAAUCCAACAAACCUAUUUCCAAACCUACAAAACCCGUAGUGGUUCUUCUGCAUGGCUUCUGCGGCGACGGACUUGCAACAUGGCAGUUCCAAAUCAACCCUUUAGCCAAAAGCUACGCAGUUUAUGUUCCCGACUUAAUUUUCUUCGGCGGGUCCGUAUCCGAUAAGCCGGAUCGGUCACUGGCUUUUCAGGCGGAGUGUGUGGCGGCCGGGUUGAAGAAACUCGGCGUGGAGAAAUGCGUUGUGGUUGGAUUCAGUUAUGGUGGAAUGGUGGCGUUUAAAAUGGCUGAGAUGUAUGAUGAACUGGUUCAAGCGGUGGUUGUGACUGGUUCGGUUUUGGCUAUAUCGGAGAGGAUGAUUAGUAAGGCUGUGGAAGAUGCUGGGUUUUCUUCUUGCUCGGAAAUGUUGAUGCCAUGUUCUGUACAAGGAGUGAGGAGACUUCUUUCUGUUGGUUUCUACAAAAACAUUCCGUUUCCAAAUCGUCUGCUAAGUGAUUUUAUUAAGGUCAUGUUCUCAAAUAGGAAAGAGAGAAAUGAAUUAUUAGAGGCCAUAGUCAUUAGCUACAAAGACAUCAACAUUCCUAAACUUCCACAGCAAAUAUUUCUUUUAUGGGGUGAGAAAGACAAGCUUUUCAAACCAGAGAUUGCGCAGAAAAUGAAAGAUAAGCUUGGAAAUAAAGUAACAUUUCAAGAGAUAAAGGAGGCUGGUCACUUGGCUCACUUGGAGAGACCUAGUAUUUAUAAUCGGAGCCUUAAACAGUUUCUUUCUUCUGUCAUGCUUGGUGAAAGAAAAUAA